AUGAAAACUCUGCUGUCAUCAUCAUCAGCGGGAAAAGGUUCACAUGAUGAAUUCAGACCUGUUGCUGGUUCUCCAAAUGUCCUCGAUCUGACAAUGGUUAACUGCUUCAAUUCCUCUAGCUCCAACAGCACGACCGUCAGCUCGGAUGGGGCUCCGUUCCCAGGGUACACGAUGGUAAUUCUGGCGAUCCUCAUGAUAACUCUGGUGGUCGUGGUGGUGGUCGGGAACGCGUUGGUUAUUCUCGCGUUCGUCGUGGACAAGAGCCUCAGAAAUCAAUGCAAUUACUUCUUCCUUAAUUUGGCUAUAUCGGACUUCCUUGUUGGGGCUUUUUGCAUCCCGGUCUAUAUGCCCUAUAUCUUGACUGGCAGGUGGAUGCUGGGCCGUGGACUCUGCAAGCUGUGGCUUGUGAUGGACUACUUGCUGUGCACGGCUUCCGUCUUCAAUAUCGUCUUAAUCAGCUACGAUCGCUUCCUGUCCGUUACCCGAGCUGUGAGGUACCGGGCCCAGCAGGGCGUCACUCGUCUGGCAGUGGUCAAGAUGUUGGCAGUGUGGGUUUUGGCAUUCCUCCUCUACGGACCAGCCAUCAUCUUCUGGGAACUGAUGGUGGGAGAAAGCAUUGUUCCAGAGGACGAAUGUUUCGCCGAGUUCUACUGCACCUGGUACUUCCUGCUCUCCGCGUCUACCUUCGAGUUCUUCUCUCCGUUCAUCUCCGUGGCCUUCUUCAACUUCAGCAUCUAUCUCAACAUCCAGCGGCGGAACCGGAGUCGCAUGGCGCAUGUGGAGGCCGAGAAGGAGGACGGCUGGAGGGUCAUCGACGGACAGGCCUCGUCCGUUUUCUUCGUCAAAACGCGCAAGGUGUCCUCUAGCGAGCCAGCGACCGUUUCGGCCGUGAUCAAAGACGACGAGGAGGUUUCGCCGUCAUCCAGCGGCGAUCCCAGCAGCAGCCACUCCGUGUCUUUGACAAUGAAGACGACCGUUAAAAAGCGAGGGUUGCUCAGCGGUUGGGUAAGGACGCGCAUAAUACGAGCGCAGGAGGCAUCAAAUCCAUGCGCCCCAUGUAGAAGCGGAGGACACGCGCGUCUCUUAAGAGAUAAGAAGAUUGCCAAGUCCUUGGCAGUCAUAGUGUGCGUUUUUGGGGUGUGUUGGGCACCGUACACUCUCCUUAUGAUCAUACGGGCGGCCUGCAGCGGUAGUUGUGUGGAACAUCAUUGGUACGAAGUCACUUUUUGGCUCCUUUGGCUCAACUCUGCCAUCAACCCUUUCCUCUACCCGCUUUGCCACAGCAGCUUUCGCCGGGCCUUCGCCAAGAUUUUGUGCCCCAAGCGGCUGUCUGUUCGGCCACAUGAGGAAAGCCCUUCCUGCCAGUGA